AUGACACAACUCAGCCAUCUCGACUACAUGCGCCUAGCCUUAGACGAAGCCCGCAAAUCACCUCCAAAGCCCACAAACUUCUGCGUCGGCGCCGUGCUCGUCUCGCCCUCAUCGCCCGAACCCAUUCUCGCAACAGGCUACACCCUCGAACUUGAAGGCAACACCCACGCCGAACAAUGCUGUCUCGGAAAGCUAGCACGCACAAUGAACAUCUCCGAAGAACAUGUUGGCUCCAUCAUGCCUGACGAUACGGUUCUCUACACCACCAUGGAACCUUGUGACUUCCGCCUUAGUGGUAAUUUGCCAUGUACAGAGCGUGUGCUGUUGACGAGAAGCAGUUCAAGUACAGGGCAUAAGGGUAUUCAAAAGGUCUACAUAGGUGUCAAUGAGCCUGAAAAGUUUGUAGGCGAGAACAAGGGCAGACGUAAGCUUGAAGAUGCUGGGAUUCCAGUCAUUCACGUCGAGGGUCUUGAAGACGAGAUCUUAAAAGUCGCUACUGCUGGUCAUGAGGUGAAACAAGAAGAUCAAGAAUAA